AUUUUGUAAACCAAAAUGGAUGUAUUCCGCCUUUUCAAUGUUCUUUUUUUAUGUUUUGUUGCGUUGAAACCGACAGCGGCUGAAGUCAUACACAAAGGUCGGCCGACAUUUAGCGACAACCAUGGACCCAAGUUAGAGUUACUUGAAGAAAACACAGAGGGGCAACGGUACGAAGGCGGCUGUUGGGCGGUUGGCUUUGGAGCGCAGCGACUUCCUGUUGGUCAAUGGCUCGAAUUCAACAUCACAGAGCGCGUGUGUUGCUGGCUAGCAAACAUGAACGUUGGUAUAUCUUACGUGGCGCCGGAUGAUAUUCCGAUGCAAGACUUAGUGCUGUGUGACCCUAACGUCAGUGAAGUGUUGAAUUACACGGAAGUGUUUGUAUUUAAGAGAUUCUAUUCCGAGGACAACGUGUACCGAUUCCGUGUUGAUCACCAUGGCAACGCGUAUUUAACACCCAACGUCACCGAGGACGGCAUAGUAUUCACUGGCGUUGACGUCAAAAAGCCGUUCUGGCCUAUAUUCAACAUCUACGGUGAUACAAAAGCUAUUCAGCUUUUGAAUGUUACAGAGGAAGAGGACGAAAAUGACUUGUCCUCUCUCUAUGGAACUGAAUAGAAUAUAACCUAUAGUUCUAUAGCCACUUAGAUAGGCCAUAUCAGCCGUCAAUAAGUACCAUUGCAGUUAAAUAACCUCCAAGACAUAUUAUGUGACGUAGCUACAUAAAGGACUUGUAGACCUGGGCCUACAACGUUUUAUAAAAAAGACAAAAUUUAAGUAACAAAAAAUGCAAUAUAUACUAAUAGCUUCUCAAACACUUUGAACAACUCAAGAGUUUGUUUUAUUCUUACCGAAUCAAGAUUGAUGUUUGUUAAAACUACGUAGAGGUUGUUUUGCUUGGUUUUAUUGUAAUCAUGGCAUUGCAAGUAUAAUUAUGUGUGUGUAAUGUGCAUAUAAAAGUCUCCAAACUCACAUAGAAUCAUCGGGCCUAUAAGUUUUUAGGCCUUAGCUACGCCCCUGUCGUAUUAUUGUUCAUCACCUUUAUCAUCAAUAUGUUUUCAUAAAUGUUAUAACUAUUUCACAUCACGUUAUUCCAAAUCCUUAUUAAAUUGGGGGCGAUACAAAUAAGCACAUUUUCAAAUCCAUUCUGUAAUGAUUUGUUCCAACACUUUCAAGUGAAAAGGCAAGCAACAUAAUUGUUAUGAUUUUAAGUAGCAUGAAUUGUUAUAUUUGAACAAAGUAUGAGCUAUCAUAAUCGACCAACGUGAAUAAAGCUAAAAUAACAUAUCUAUAAGAAGCAAUAUGUUUCAAAGGAUUCUAAAUACAUCGUAAACUAGUUAACAUAUUUCCCAAUUUACUUUAUAUUAGCUUAAAGUACAUGGUUUCCUUUAAGAAUUUUAUUUUUGUCUAGAAUAGUUUCAUUUAUUGAUAUUGUAAAGGCCAACUAUACUAUAUAAUGGGUCUGGUUUUAUACGAUUUGGUUUUAUUUCCUUUUUACCUU